AUGAGCAUGUGCACCAACCAGAGCUUGGUGCAGCUCAUCGUGAUACUGUGUUUAAUCACCGAGUUCACUUGUAAAUUUGAGUUUACCAACAUCAAAUGCAAUUGCGUGGAUGAAGCAUACUGCGCUUUGGAUGAAUGUUAUCUGAAGUCGAUCAAUCGGACCUACAAGUAUUUGUCCAUAAAAGUUCACUUGCUAAAACCUCCCAUUACCAAUGUCAAGGUGCGAAUGGCGAUGUUCAAACGCUACAAUGGAUACAAGCCGUUUCUCUAUAAUAUUACUUUCGAUGGCUGUAAAGUGCUUAAGAAUCGCAAGUAUAAUCCAGUCGCCAAUUACUUUUUGGGCUUUUUUGAGGCGCGAUCCAACAUGAACCAUUCAUGUCCCUAUGAUCACGAUAUUAUUGUGGAUAAGCUGCCCGCCAAUGUCGUCGAUUAUCAUGCCACAGCGAUACUGCCCUUUCCGGAAGGUAACUACCUCGUGGAAUCCAAUUGGUAUGUCGAUGACAUCGAACGAGCUGCCUUUAAGAUCUAUGGAACUCUUUCAUAG